CGGCCGCUCGCUGGCGGCGGGGCCGCGGCGGCUCCUCUGCCGGGUCGUGCCGGAGGACGGGCUUCGGGCGGCGGCCCGGGCGGCCUGCGGACGCACGGGUGGGCCGAGGCGCAGGCCCCGCGCCCGCCGUCUCCCCCCGCUCCUGCCGACGCCGGGCCCGCGCCAUGGCCGCCCCGCCGGGCUCGGGCAGCGCCAACCCGCGGAAGUUCAGUGAGAAGAUCGCGCUGCACACGCAGCGGCAGGCCGAGGAGACGCGGGCCUUCGAGCAGCUCAUGACCGACCUCUCCCUCUCGCGGGUUCAAUUUCAGAAGCUUCAGCAACUGCGCCUUACCCAGUACCAUGGAGGAUCCUUACCCAAUGUGAGCCAGCUGCGGAGCAGUGCCUCCGAGUUUCAGCCGGCAUUCCACCCAGCUGACAGCGUGCGGGGAACCCGCCACCACGGGCUGGUGGAGAGGCCGGCCCGGACCCGAUUCCACCCCCUCCACCGACGGCCUGGGGACAAGCCGGGACGACAGUUUGAUGGUAGUGCGUUUGGAGCUAAUUACGCCUCCCAGCCCCUGGAUGAGAGUUGGCCAAGGCAGCAGCCUCCUUGGAAGGAAGAGAAGCACCCUGGGUUCAGGCUAACAUCUGCACUUAACAGGACCAAUUCCGACUCCGCUCUUCACACGAGUGCUCUGAGCACCAAGCCCCAGGACCCCUAUGGAGGAGUGGGCCCAUCGGCCUGGCCUGCCUCGUACAUGGGUUUCUGUGAUGGUGAGAACGACAUACAUGGGGAAGUCGUGUCUUUCCCCGGCCCGUUGAAGGAAGAGAGUCUGCUAAAUGUUCCCAAGCCACUGCCGAAACAGCUGUGGGAGACCAAAGAGAUCCAGUCCCUGUCAGGGCGCCCUCGAUCCUGUGAUGUCGGAGGUGGCAGCACUUUUCCACACAAUGGUCAAAACCUGGGCCUCUCACCCUUUUUGGGAACCCUGAACACCGGGGGGUCGUUGCCAGAUCUAACCAACCUCCACUACUCAGCACCCCUGCCUGCCUCCCUGGACGCCAGUGACCACCUGUUUGGUAGCAUGAGUGUGGGCAACAGUGUGGGCAGCCUUCCUGCUGCCAUGACUCACCUGGGCAUAAGAAGUUCUUCUGGUCUGCAGAGUUCUCGGAGCAACCCCUCCAUCCAGGCCACGCUCAAUAAGACAGCGCUUUCCUCUUCCCUGAAUAGCCACCCGCAGGCAUCUGCUCCCAACGCCUCCGCGCUUCACCCUUCAGUCCGUCUCUUCUCCCUUAGCAACCCGUCUCUUUCCACCACAAACCUGAGCGGCCCCUCUCGGCGUAGGCAGCCUCCUGUCAGCCCUCUCACGCUUUCUCCUGGCCCGGAAGCACAUCAAGGUUUCGGCAGACAGCUCUCUUCAACCAGCCCACUGAACCCGUAUCCUGCCUCACAGAUGGUGUCCUCAGAUCGAAGCCCGCUCUCCUUCCUGCCCACAGAAGCUCAAGCCCAAGUGUCCCCACCGCCCCCUUACCCCGCAUCCCAAGACCUCCCCCAGCCUCUGCUGCAGCAGCCCCACGCCCAGGAGCCCCUUGCUCAGCAGCCCCAGGCAGCCUCGUCGCUGCCGCAGUCAGACUUCCAGCUCCUCACAGCCCAGGGCUCAUCUUUGACCAACUUCUUCCCAGAUGUGAGCUUUGACCAGCAGUCCAUGAGGCCAGACCCAGCCUUUACGCAGCAGGUGCCACUGGUGCAACAAGGUCCCCGAGAGCCCCAGGACUCCUUUCAUUUGAGACCAAACCUGUAUUCCAACUGUGGGAAUUUCCCAAACACCAUCCCGGCAGAAGACUCGAGCACCAGCCUAUUCAAAGACCUCAGCAGCGCUCUGGCAGGCAUGCCUGAGGUCAGCCUGAACAUGGACACUGCGUUUCCAUCGGAAGGAGAGUUCCAGAUCGAACCCCUGAGCCUGGAUGGACUCAACAUGUUAAGUGAUUCCAGCAUGGGCCUGCUCGACCCUUCUGUUGAAGAGACGUUUCGAGCUGACCGACUGUGAACAGAAUGGAACAGAACAGGAGGACUUAUUUCUGCAACAGCUAACACAGAACGGAAUAAGAACGGAGCCAGCUACACCCCUGGGCUUUAGUUAUCUCGGGCUUCUGACAUGGAAGGAACCAAUUCCUUGGUGCCCAGCUCUCAGACGAGGUCCCAUCUCAGACGCCGUAGCUUCUCCCAGACCACAGGGCUGGGCGCCGCCCCUCAGGCCUGCGGCUCAGGUCCUGUUGCUGCAGGCAGGCUGCUCCGGGGCUUCCGAUGAACUGGUCAUCACUGCAACUGUUACAUCUUUUAUUGACCAUCUAAUCGGUCAAUGUGGAAAAUUAAGAAAAUAUAACGAGAGGCCUCAGUAGCCUUGUGUAGUAUUCAGAACCACUGAUUUCAAUUAACACUGAAGAAAGGACCCGGAGUGGGGGGCGGUUAGGGGCCACAGGCCUCGGGGAGUUGGCUCAGCCUCCGGCGACGGUACCACAGCCCCACGAUGCCUUCUCUGGUCCAGCCGUCGCGCCUCAGCACCGCCAGGCGGCGGCAGGAUGUCCCAGGGCAGAGCGGAGGGCCGGGGCUCUCUCAGAGUCCUCAGUUCUAACAUGAAGAAGGAUUUUUAAUGCAAGUCCGAGAAUGGACUUGAGUUAAGCAAACUGAAUUCUAACUUGUCCCCCCCCCCGUCUGUAAUCUCUUUUCUGCUGCUUCAGUAUCCCUUUUCCUAUGAAUGAGAGGAAAAGGAAGACUGUUUUAUUGUCACUGAAAAAAAAAAAUCCCCUGAUAACGGAUGAGCCUGAAAAGAACAGUGCUUCUUCUCGGUGGCUGGGGAAGAAGCGAAGGGGGCCGCGGUAUCUCACAGACACACGACGUCCUCCAGACAAGCUCCGGACCAUAUAGGCUCCCUCGCUGCAGACCAGCCGGAGGGAGCAGCUGGAGGUCUGGAUCAGGUCCACUCAGCAGCUGCACAGCAGCAGAGGGGAAGCUGUUUCUCUGUGGAAUGGGGGUGUUCUUGUAACCCCACUAGACUGUAAGCUCCUUGGGGGCAGGGACUGUGCCUUAGUCAUCACCGAACCCCUAGCACCUGACAAGUGCCUGGCGCGGAGCAGGUGCUGUAGGACCGCGCAUCGAAUGCACACACGCGUGAAUGGGUGUGUGAGUGCACGAACAAGUGAAGCUGCCUCACUGCAAGGCAGCCUAAUCCUGUGCUGCCCCUAUUCCUUACCAAACCUCUGAGCUUCAGCUUUUCUAACACUUGUGCCUGUGGUUGUUAAGCACGCACUUUAAUAUGCUUUUAACACUAGGUGACCAAAUCCACAGUCAGACCGCACGCCCCAUCCUCCUCCAGGGUGUGCAGGGAGGUGGAAACUGUCUUCUGAGUGUGUCCAGAACGGCUCAGCAAACUGAGGCCUCCCACACUUGCUGGGACCUCGGGGGUCCUGGCCACCACAAAAGAUCUUCCUUCUCAGACCCGUGUUUUGCUUUCAAUUGCAUUUAGAAGAGACUCAUUCUCUGAGGUUGAAGAAAGAGUCUGUAGUAAAAUGAAGGCCUAAUUUAAGAAACCACCAUUACUCAUCAGUACCUUAGCAUAAAAUGGUAUUACUGUAUUUCCACCACCACCUGCCUCCUCUGACUUAGUCCAGGCCAGCCCCUGACCAGAAACCUGAUGGGCAGGUUUGAAAGCCACCUGGGGAGGAGUCUGGGCAGCGGGGCCGCAUGCGGGCAUGGGAAGACAACAUAGGGAGGACAGGCACACUGAAGGAGGAAUGAAGAUGCCAGAGCUUUUGCCCAGACAGCCAGUGUCCUAGGAGACACCAGGGGUGUUGCUGAAGGGUCCAGAGUGCUCCCACCCAAAGAAGCAAGGCUGCACCAUGUGUGCCUGGUGGCAUGAGGGGUCUGUCACAGGGUCCUGGGCUGUUAACCUCUCCAGACCUUGUCCCAUUUCCUUCUGUCUUCAGGGGGAUCCCUUCCCUCCAGUCUUUCCAGUAACUCCAGUGGUGCACUGCUCCAUCUUCAUUGUGGAGCCCAAGCCUUCCCACUUCACAUUCACCCUGAACCUACGCUAUUGAAUUAGGAAGUCAAACCAGAGUCCUCCCCACCUGAGCUCUGGCUCACGAAGGGGCAGUUGACCUCACGUCGAAGACUUAUUCCCAGUUAAACUUCUAGAUCGCAGGGGGCAGUGACUUUUUGUUAAAGCAAAAGGCCUUUCAUCAUGCACAGCACCCCAGUGUGCCAGAAGAAGCCAGAUCCUGGCUGCCCUUCGCGUCAGAGACCCCCAAAACUGAUCCGGCCUUUCAGACAGGGAGGAGUGCUGAUGUUAUGAGAGGGUUGUUUUUGUUUGUUUGUUUGUUUGUUUG